UGGAGGAGGAGGGGGCUUUAGAGGAAGAGAAAAGGAGGGAAUAGAGGAGAACAGGUCAGAGAAGUACAAAUAGAAAGGGAAUCAAGGGAAUCUUUCCUCUCAGUUUUUCAUUUGUGACCCUGAAAGACCUAAAACAAGAGAAAGAUGUGGUACUAAAAUGAAAAGAGCACAAUCCGUCAUUCUUUUCCAUCUGCUUUCUAAUAUUCCUCAUCAAUUCCAGUGCUUUGGCUUCAUAGCAACUCUCAACCUUAUUCUACAACAUGAUCUCUUGUAUCUUUUUUUUUUGUCAGUACAUGCUAUCAUUCAUCUUGCUUCCUUCUAUCCAUCUAUUUCUCUCCUCUCUCUCUCUUUCUCUCUCUCUCCCUCUCUCUCUCUCCGGGUUCUUCAAGACAGUGCCGCUCUGCUGCUCUACAUCACAGCUACUGUUUCCCACUCUCCUCUCUUCCACUCAGCUUGGCUCCUCUUCUCUCUGCUCCUCUCCACUCAUUCAGACCGCAUGCUCCCAGUCAUCUCUGGCACUGUUGGGUCUGUGUGGCCAGUGGAAGUGGACCCGGACACCCUGUAUGGUCUGAAGGUGUUUUCCCGAUCCAGUGGAUCUGUGGGGAGGGGAGGGAGGGCAGGGAGGGGGUGCAGGUGAAGAGCUCCGUGUCGGAGGGAAACAGGUUGUGCGGCUUUGCGGCAGGGGCUGAGGAGGGUCAUGCUUCAUGAGUUAAGUGGAUUUCGGACAGAGACCCCUCGCGCAUCGCCGCCCCAAUGUGGGGCCCUUUUCCGGAUGGCGGGAACGUCCGGCCGGGAGCGAUGAACCAGCUGGAUGCUCCUCGGCCACUCAACUGGACCAUACGGAAACUGUGCCAUGCAGCCUUCCUUCCGUCUGUGCGCCUGCUUAAGGCACAGAAAUCAUGGAUAGAAAGAGCUUUCAGCAAGAGAGAAUGUGUGCACAUUAUUGUAAGCACCAAAGACCCCCAUAGGUGCUGUUGUGGCCGUCUAAUUGGUCAACAUGUUGGCCUGCCCCCCAGCAUCUCAUCCAAUCAGAACGAGAAGUCCGAGCGUGUGCCAAAGAAUGACAGCUUGUCAGAGAAGUGGUCCAUCAGCAAGCACACCCAGCUCAGUCCCACUGACGCCUUUGGAACCAUUGAGUUCCAGGGAGGUGGACACUCCAAUAAAGCAAUGUAUGUACGAGUGUCUUACGACACUAAGCCAGACUUACUGCUUCAUCUGAUGACAAAAGAGUGGCAACUGGAGCUUCCCAAACUGCUCAUCUCUGUUCAUGGAGGACUUCAGAACUUCGAGCUGCAGCCCAAACUCAAGCAAGUCUUCGGCAAGGGUCUCAUCAAGGCAGCCAUGACCACUGGUGCCUGGAUCUUCACUGGAGGAGUUAAUACUGGAGUCAUAAGACAUGUUGGUGACGCUCUAAAAGACCAUGCUUCCAAAUCCAGAGGGAAGAUUUGUACUAUUGGUAUUGCCCCCUGGGGGAUUGUGGAGAACCAGGAAGACCUGGUGGGCAAAGAUGUGGUACGGCCAUAUCAGACGAUGUCUAACCCUCUUAGUAAGCUUACGGUACUCAACAGCCUACAUUCCCACUUCAUUUUGGCUGAUAAUGGCACCACCGGAAAGUAUGGAGCAGAAGUCAAACUGCGCAGACAGCUAGAGAAGCACAUCUCUCUGCAAAAGAUCAACACACGGAUCGGACAGGGUGUUCCAGUGGUGGCUCUGAUAGUGGAGGGGGGUCCUAAUGUGAUCUCUAUUGUGCUUGAGUACCUGAGAGACACUCCCCCUGUGCCUGUGGUGGUGUGUGAUGGCAGCGGUCGUGCCUCUGACAUCCUGGCUUUUGGGCAUAAGUACUCAGAGGAGGGCGGAAUCAUAAACGAAUCUUUGAGAGACCAGUUAUUAGUCACCAUUCAGAAGACGUUUACGUACAGCCGGACGCAGGCCCAGCACCUCUUCAUCAUUCUGAUGGAGUGCAUGAAGAAGAAAGAACUGAUAACAGUGUUUCGGAUGGGAUCAGAGGGACACCAGGACAUUGAUCUGGCCAUUCUAACAGCUCUUCUGAAAGGGGCCAAUGCAUCAGCUCCAGAUCAACUGAGCCUGGCUUUGGCCUGGAACAGAGUUGACAUCGCUCGAAGCCAGAUCUUCAUUUACGGACAGCAGUGGCCUGUGGGCUCUCUAGAGCAAUCUAUGCUGGACGCACUGGUGCUGGACAGAGUGGACUUUGUGAAGCUGUUGAUUGAGAAUGGAGUGAGCAUGCAUCGCUUCCUGACGCUGUCCAGACUUGAAGAGCUCUAUAAUACGAGGCAUGGUCCAUCCAACACUUUGUACCACCUUGUUAGAGAUGUGAAAAAGGGUAACCUGCCCCCUGACUACCGCAUCAGCCUGAUCGACAUCGGAUUGGUAAUUGAAUACCUCAUGGGUGGAGCCUAUCGCUGCAAUUACACCAGGAAGAGAUUUCGGACCCUCUAUCACAACCUGUUUGGACCCAAAAGACCAAAAGCCCUGAAGCUGCUUGGAAUGGAGGAUGACAUGCCCAUUAGGCGAGGACGUCAGAAGACCACAAGGAAGCGAGAGGAGGAAGUAGACAUUGACCUGGAUGACCCAGAAAUCAAUCAUUUCCCUUUUCCAUUCCAUGAGCUGAUGGUUUGGGCAGUGCUGAUGAAACGGCAGAAGAUGGCCCUGUUCUUCUGGCAGCAUGGCGAGGAGGCCAUGGCUAAAGCGCUGGUGGCCUGUAAGCUCUGUAAGGCGAUGGCCCACGAAGCAUCAGAGAACGACAUGGUAGAUGACAUUUCACAGGAGCUCAAUCAAAACUCAAGGGAGUUUGGUCAGCUGGCUGUUGAGCUGCUCGAUCAGUCGUAUAAGCAGGAUGAGCAGAUGGCCAUGAAGCUGUUAACCUACGAGCUGAAGAACUGGAGUAAUGCCACCUGUCUGCAGCUGGCAGUGGCUGCCAAGCACAGGGACUUCAUCGCCCACACCUGUAGCCAGAUGCUUCUCACCGACAUGUGGAUGGGACGUCUGCGUAUGCGCAAGAACUCUGGCCUAAAGGUUAUCUUAGGCCUGCUUCUGCCCCCCUCCAUAUUGAGUCUUGAGUUUAAGAAUAAGGAUGAGAUGUCGUAUAUGCCUCAGGAUCAGGACACCUACCUGCAGGAGAAGGAUGUGGAUGAACCUGAGAAACAAGCUAAGGAGAAGGAGGAGGAGGACAUGGAGUUCACAGUAAGAUCUUACUGUGAGACGCAGUACAACUCCGUGGCUAUGCUGGGAAACGUCAGUUCAGAAGCAUCACGUAAGAAACAGGUGGAAGAGGUUCAGAACCGCCAUCGGCUGAUUCCAGUGGGUCGCAAGAUUUACGAGUUUUACAACGCCCCCAUCGUCAAGUUCUGGUUUCACACGUUGGCUUAUGUAGGAUACUUGAUGCUCUUCAACUAUAUUGUUCUGGUGAAGAUGGACCUGUGGCCCUCUCCUCAGGAGUGGAUUGUUAUUGCCUACAUUUUUACAAAUGGCAUCGAGAAGAUGAGAGAGAUCCUCAUGUCAGAGCCAGGGAAGCUCCUGCAGAAGGUGAAGGUGUGGUUGCAGGAGUACUGGAACAUCACUGACCUCAUGGCCAUCCUCAUCUUCUCCAUCGGGAUGGUGCUUCGCCUGCAAGACCCACCUCUGAUGAGCUACGGCAGGGUCAUUUACUGUGUCAAUAUCAUCUAUUGGUAUAUAAGACUGCUUGACAUCUUUGGAGUGAACAAAUACCUGGGUCCAUAUGUCAUGAUGAUCGGCAAGAUGAUGAUUGACAUGAUGUAUUUUGUGAUCAUCAUGUUGGUGGUUUUGAUGAGUUUCGGAGUGGCGCGGCAGGCUAUCCUCAAUCCCAAUGAGGACCCAUCCUGGAUGCUGGCACGCAACAUCUUCUUCAUGCCAUACUGGAUGAUCUACGGAGAGGUGUUUGCUGACCAAAUCGACCAUGUGAAUAGUAGGAAGCUACAGCACAAAGUGAAUGACAAACUCUGGCUGGUCGAAAAUUACAUUCGCACUCAAGGAACUGGGCGUAACAGUGGUCCAUCCCAUAUAGCUCCAUGCGGUCAGAACAUCACCACAGAGGACGGAGUCAUCAUGCCUCUCCCACCCUGCAAAACCGGAGCUUGGAUUGUCCCCGCCAUCAUGGCCUGCUACUUGCUGGUGGCCAACAUCCUUCUGGUUAAUUUGCUCAUUGCAGUAUUUAAUAACACGUUCUUUGAAGUGAAGUCCAUUUCCAACCAGGUGUGGAAGUUUCAGAGGUACCAGCUGAUCAUGACCUUCCAUGAACGUCCUGUCCUUCCUCCUCCUCUCAUCAUUUUCAGCCACAUAACUAUGGUCCUCAAACACCUCUGCUGUCGCUGGAGGAAACAUGAUGAGGAUGAGCGGGACUAUGGGCUGAAGCUGUUCAUUACUGAAGAUGAACUGAAGAAGGUACAUGACUUUGAAGAGCAGUGUAUGGAGGAGUAUUUCAGAGAGAAAGAUGACCGCUUCAAUUCAUCCAAUGAUGAGAGGAUACGUGUGACAUCUGAAAGGGUGGAGAACAUGGCGAUGCGCCUGGAGGAAGUAAACGAGAGGGAACAUUUCAUGAAAGCGUCCCUGCAGACUGUGGAUAUCCGGCUCGCCCAGAUGGAGGAGAUGAUCGGCCGCAUUGCUGUGGCACUGGAGCGAGUUGCUGGUAUGGAUCGAGGCGAAGUCAACAAAGCCCGGUCCAGGACAUCAUCUGACUGCACAGAUACAAAUUACAUCCUGCGCCAGAGCAGUUUCAACAGCCAAGAAGGCAAUUCCUACAGGCUACAGGAGUCUCUGGAGCAGGGUGGCGAGGAGUCCAUUUCCCCUACAUCUCCAACCGCUCUGGCCCCACGUGUCCGCAGUCACUCCUUCUACGUAAGCCACUCCUCUAAGGAUAGGAGUGGAGGAGAUCGAGGAGAAGGCUUCUUUAAAGACAAAUUGUUCAGCCUCCAUCGGGCCAACAGCUCACAGUCUGUGUCCUCAGGAGCAGGUCCCAAAGAGUCCAAACCCGCACCUUUGAAUACUUUAUCCGUGCAGCAACAACUUCGCCCUUCAUCCUGCAUAGACAUCUAUGUUUCUGCCUCAGAGGACGUCCCGCCCACUGAGAGCUUCUUGGACCCGGUCCGGACAGUUCCAUCUCUCGCUCGAGACUCAUCUCUACAUUCUGAAAUCAUGGAGGUGGUGCUCUCAGGGGGGCGGGACUGCAGUGGAAGGGCAGGGGGCAGCGAAAGACAGUCGGAUGGUACGGUCCUGUUUGAGGACAGCGCCGCCGCUGACCUAUCGCUCUGCUCUGCCCACCUGCUGCCGGAUGCCUUGCCCCCCUGGGACUUGGACCCCUCGCCGCCGCCUUCGGCUGGCGUUCUCGAGCGGUCCAAGAGCAGCCGCUUCCUAUCCACGGCAGGGCCUCUGUUUCUGGAUGAGCCUCCAUUGGUUAAGUCGCACAGCCUGAUGUUCACGUCACGUGGUUAUUAUGGAGGCAUGGGCGUGCAGGUGAAGGCGGCUGAGUAUACCAGCAUCACAGAUUGCAUCGACACCCGUUGCGUCUCUACCCCUUACCCUGUCCCAGAGAGGUCUGACUCACCUGGAGGCUCUUUCACGUUUGAUAAGCCACAGGACCUGGGUGUCUCACAUCCUGAGAGAGAUGCCGAGCUCAGUCAUGCAGAAUCUGAUCCGGAGGAACCCGGAGAGGGGUCAGCAGACACAGGUAAGCGGGGUCAAAGCAGCAGUGGUGGAAUAGGCGCAGACCUAGGCUUGGGCCUCGCGCUGGGCCCGUUUUGCUCGCCGAUCUCUAGACUAGAGCGAGCAAACAGCUGCUCCUCUUCGGAGGAGUCGCACUCCAACAUCUACUCCCGAAAGAGCUUCUCCAUUAGCGAGAGAAUGGACAAGGGCCGUGGAAGCUCAAGGAAUCCUUUCCAGAAGGCCAGAGCCGGGGCAAGGCUGGAGGGUAAGACAGACUCGCUGUCCAUGAGGAAACUGGCCAAACCUUCAGCAUUCCGAAGUUUUGAUAGCAGACACAAUUACACGUGAUGAUGGCAGACCAGUAGCGAUGCCAUUGUAGAUCUAGUUCCUGUAGGAUGGCUCUACCUCGUUUAAAAUCCAAGGGCCAGUCCGUUAAUUAGUACUGUCUGAGUGAGUAAUUAGCUGUACACUGGAAUGUUUUAUCAUGGGUAUCAACUUCCUGUUCAUUUUCUGUUCUAACACUGCAAUGCAAAGUCAGAUUUUCUUUAGAACUCAUAGAUUCAGAAGAAGACCACUGCCAUUAGGCCAACAUUAGUUCCAGGUUAGAAAACCUUGAGAUUAAGGGCCUGUUAACACCUAGAUUAAUGUUCGGUAUGAAAAAAAAGCCGUUGAAUGAACGGCUGUUAAAGCAGAAUUUUAUUUUUGGAAAGGUUUCUGAUAUCUUUUUCAAUACACUGCAAAGAAAACUGGCCAACCAAUGCUUUUUGGUCACAUAAACUAUGACUUAAAGGGAUAGUUCACCCACAAAUGAAAAUUACCCCAUUAUUUACUCACCCUCAAGCCAUCCUAGGUGUAUAUGACUUUGUUCUUUCAGACAAAUACAAUCGUAGUUAUAUUUAAAAAUGUCCUGGCUCUUCGAAGCUUUAUCAUGGGAGUGAAUGGGUGUUGAGAUUUUGAAGUCCAAUAAAGUGCAUCCAUCCAUCAUAAAAGGUACUCCACACAGCUUCGGGGGGUUUCACAAAGGCCUUCUGAAGCAAAUCGGCGUGUUUGUGUAAGAAAAAUAUCUAUAUUUAAAACUUUAUAAAUCAUAAUCUGUAGAUUCCACUAACUGUUGUACGUGCAAAGAGUGUCAUUCCAGUGACAGGUGAAUGUGGAAGCGCAGUGAAGACAAGAGAAAACACCGGUCAUGAAUUAAAAGUACAAAAUGAAGAUUUGUAAAGAAAAUUGUCGGAGGGUGUCAAUAUAAUACAAGAGGAGAUUGGUUUUCCUUUGCUGUAAACAAAACUUGGUUCUCACGAAACUAGCAUAUUCUCACCGGACCUUAUGCUAUGCCUACGUCAUACGCUUGAACUCCACUCUCUCGUGAACACACAUACGACAGUUAGCAUAAGAUAGAGAUUAUGGUUUAUACAUUUUUAAAUAUUAAUAUUUUUCUCACAGAAAUGCAUUAAUUCACUUUAGAAGGACUUUAUUAACCCCCCAGAGCCAUGUCGAGCACUUUUUAUGAUAGAUUUAUGCACUUUAUUGGACUUCAAAAUCUCACUGCCAUUAUAAAGUUCGGAAGAGCAAGCAUAUUUUGUUCUAUAACUCUGAUUGUGUUUGUCUGAAAAAAGUAAGUCAUAUAC